AUGGUUCCCCCACCGGACGAACAAAUGACUGAAGGUGAACAGCAACAGCGCACAGCAAAAAAGUUCAAGGCGACCAAACGGUCAUUCGCAGACACUUUUGGUGCUCAAGCCUCAUUCAACAGUGAUGAACAGACUCCUUCGGACGAACAUGACUGGGCAUUCGAAGACCCCGAAAUCGAAUCAGACAACGAGAUGGAAGAUAAUGACAAGGUGGACGGUCGGCCCAGGGUAACCUUCUCAAAGGAACUCCGAAAGGAUUUGUGUCGCGAGUGGAAACUUGCGUUGAUUAUCAAGUACCUCGGUAAGAAUGUUAAUUUUAAUGUUCUGAACCAAAGGAUCCCUACUAUGUGGCGUUUGCAGGGGAGAUAUAGCCUGAUUGAUAUUGGCUAUGGGUGUUUUAUAAUCAAGUUGGAAAACAGAAAAGAUUAUCUCCAUGUCCUCCUGGAUGGACAUUGGAAGAUUUUCGAUAAUUACCUUGUUAUUCAAAGAUGGGUGCCGGACUUCAAGCCCAGAACGACAAAGGUUUCUAAAAUGCCUGUUUGGGUGAGACUCCCGGACUUGUCAGUUGAAUAUUUCAGGGACGACGUGGUCAAGCGGAUCCUUGAGAAUGUGGGUAAACCAUUAAAGCUGGAUCGCACUACGGUUGCUAGGGAAAAAGGUCGCUUCGCAAGAGCGGCGGCGGAGGUAGAUCUCGACAAGCCCCUCGUGUCGGAGAUCUGGGUUAGGAACGAGGUUCAAAUUGUCGAGUAUGAGGCCUUACACAUUGUUUGCUUUGGGUGCGGCAUAGUGGGGCAUCGGGAACAAAACUGUCCGUUGAACGCUACAAAACCGACAGAGACGACAACCACAGAUAAGAACACAGAUCCCGUGGUGGAAAAGGAGGGUCCGCAACAAGAGUCGGUGACUCCGACUAAUGUCAACGCCGGCGGUACCACCUGGCGAUAUGGGUCAUGGAUGCUAGUGACCAAGAAAAACAAAGCUGGAGGACAGAGGAUCCCGUAUCAACAGUCGAACAAUGCUCCACGUCCUGUGCGCAACUCAAGGAAUCAAUUCGAAGCCUUGGCCGUGGAAAAGGACGCGGGCAAUCCUCCGGCGAGUCACGCAAAAAGCAAAGGGGAAACGAGCGCCGGAGCAACAGUCCAAGGUGGUGAACAACUUAGCCAGUACAUCCAAAAAUACUGCGGGACAAGGUUCAUCAACCCAAAGGAAUAA